GCGCGCAGAAAGGAAGAAGGAAAAUUUGUCGUCCUCACGCCAUUUCCCUCCGUCGCCGAAGACGGAAAAGUUUUCCGCGAGCUUCUCUCUCUCUCUCUCUCUCUCUCUCUCUCUCUGUCCUUCACUCUCCAUGUGAAACUCCUCGGAACCGAAGCCCUUGUUUUUCGGUCUCACGCGCGCGUACUUAACACGGACAAACCGGAGGGUUUUUUAAACAAGGACAUUUAUAAAUAUAUGUUAUGAACACACACACCAUGUUGCCCGGCGGCGGGACGUACGCGAGCAAGAAACGGAAGAAGCCGGUACAGAAAAUACCGAAGCCUCCUCCACCCGAAGGCACCAAGUCCAACCCUUCGAAGCGACACAGAGAUCGGCUAAACAUGGAGCUGGACAAGCUGACCAGCCUGCUGCCCUUCUCCGAGGAUGUUCGCUCCCGGCUGGACAAACUGUCCGUCCUCAGGCUCAGCGUCGGAUACCUGAAGGUCAAGAGUUUCUUCAAUGCCACAAUGAAGAAGACAGUGGGCGGAGCUAACAGCUGGCCGACUGGGACUCUGGGAGGAAAUGGACAGACGGUCAGCAGCCUGGACGGAGUGAGCUUCUCUGAGGGGGAGUUACUGCUGCAGGCUCUGAAUGGCUUUGUGCUGGUUAUAACGGCUGAAGGUUAUGUGUUCUACUCCUCACCUACCAUACAGGACUACCUGGGCUUUCAUCAGUCCGAUGUGGUGCACCAGAGUGUAUAUGAGCUGAUUCACACAGAUGACCGAGCCAUGUUCAGAAGACAGCUGCACUUCGCCCUGAAACCCACACAGAGUGAGAUCACUGACGAUGCUGAUGGCCUCCAGAAAAACAGUGACACCACCACCACCGCCAUCAUAAAUUACAACCCUCAGCAGCUCCCACCAGAGAACUCGUCCUUCCUGGAGAGGAGCUUCUGCUGCCGCUUUCGCUGCCUCCUUGACAACUCCUCCGGCUUCCUGGCUCUGAACUUCCACGGCAGACUGAAGUAUCUUCAUGGUCAAAACAAGAUGGCCGAAGAUGGCACUAUGGCGCAUCCUCAGCUGGCUCUGUUUGUCAUCGCCACGCCCCUCCAGCAGCCGUCCAUCUUGGAAAUUCGGAGCAAGACGUUUCUCUUCCAGACCAAACACAAGCUGGACUUCACACCUACAGGCAUCGACACCAGGGGGAAGGUGGUGCUGGGUUACAAUGAGAUCGAGCUGUGUAUGAGGGGUUCUGGGUACCAGUUCAUCCACGCUGCAGAUAUGAUGCACUGUGCAGACAACCACCUGAGGAUGAUUAAAACUGGCGAGAGUGGAUUCACAAUUUUCCGGCUCCUGACCAAAUCAGGAUCUUGGGUCUGGGUGCAGGCCAAUGCCAGACUGGUCUAUAAGGGCGGACGACCGGACUUUAUCGUGGCACGACAGAGAGCUUUAACGAACGAAGAAGGUGAAGAGCAUCUUCGUCAGAGGAAGCUGCAGCUGCCCUUCAGCUUUGCCACAGGAGAAGCUGUCCUUUAUGAGACCACCCCGUCUCCAGACAUGACUGACAUCUCCACCCAGAUCAAAGGAGGGAAGAUCAGUAAACCCGCCACUCUGCCUCCGAGUUCACUGCUGAGCUCCAUGCUGAAGCAGGAUGAAUCCAUCUACCAGCCCAACAGCGAUCCCACCUUCUGCCUGGAAAAGGCAUUUCGGGACAGCCACGCCCUUCUCAAUGUCCCUGGAAAGCCCUGGGCAGGAGCAGAACGGAGCACACUAGGCAUCAAGGAGGAAUCGACAGUGCAGGAAAUGAUGGACAGCUUGCAGCAGAUCAUCGGGGACACCACCAUGUGCGGGAACGUGGAAGACCUCUCCAUCAACCAGGAGGAGCUGAAGGAAUGGGAGAACGCGCUGCUGAGAAUGAACAGCUUGAGCACCACCGAGAUGUCCAUCGAGCUCAAUGACAUCCUGACCAACGACAUCUUCUCAUACGUGGAAGACAUGCUGUUUAAGGAGUGCAGCAACAACAUGCACGACCAGCUGCCUGAGUGUCUGUCCGAGCUCCAGCUCCAGGGAGACCUCAACGACCUCUUGGACAUUUCAGAAGGCCUUGAAACAGGAAGCCCAGGAAGAGGGAUGAUGCAAAUGGCUCACAUUAGCCCAGAGAUGCCUCUGGGGCUGCAGGCGAAUCCUGUGGAAUCAUUCGUGGACAUUUGUGAAAGCAUGAUUAUUGAUUCUUCACUUCCUGGGCAACAGAACCAGACCAGGCAGAAUCAUAGCCAGAGCGGAAACCCGGGCUAUCCAGAACACGUCACGUUGCCCAACCUUCAGAACCAAGCUCAACAUGUGGGCUUUCACAACCAGAAUCCCAUCCCGUUCAGUCAGGCAGUUCAGCCGAGCGGUCAGUGGGCAGGACCCCGGGCGCCCAGCAGCGGCCUCAAGGGACAGUUUCCUCUCAGCAAUCAGAGCGUGGACAAUCAGAGACUCACAACAUGGCAGCUUUCUGUCCAACAGGGCCAGCUCACACUACCCCAAGUUCCUAACAUUCCCAAAGUUCCUAAUGUCCAGAGUAUCCCAAAUGGUCAUCAUCAUGUCCAACAAGUUCCACUCCCAACAAGGUUAAUGCUGCAGUCUAACUUCGGCACAGGGUCCAAUCCUCAGCCCAGCGUCACCACUAAUGCAGUUUAUGGCCAGCAGGGGGGGCUGGUGCACCCAUCUAAUGCAAUAUACGGACAGCAGAGGGAGCUCUUGCACCCGUCUAAUGUGACGUUCGGGCAGCAGGGGGAGGUGAUGGAGACAUCUAAUGCGGUUUAUAGCCAGCAGGGGGAGCUGGUGAACAGAGUGGCACCUGCCCCCAUCAGCAGUUGCAUGUUUGAGAGACCGGUUCAGGGUCCUGUUAACGGCAUGCGCUACAGUGCAGCUGGACAAGAUGUCAUGAUUUCGUCCUGCCAGAAGACAAAAGAGUUCUUAGCCCAGAAUUCUGUGCAGGGUGCGUACGUCUUUCAAAACCGACCCACGGAGAACAUGUUUACCAACGCGGGCGUGGCCUCGGACAGUGCCGUCGCUUGCCACCUGCAGCAGCAGUUCCGCAGUAAUCAGACACAGAUCACAAACUGUCCAGUCAAAGAGAACGGACCCUUCCAGUUCACCCCGGUGAUGGGGGGGGUGCCCUGCUUCACCAACACUGCCCAGAAUGACAGUUUUUAGAAAGGAGAGUUCUUGUCCAGCGCAGCUAUCUCGUCUGAACGGAGGAGAAAGGAAGUAGGGAUGUUCCUGUGAAGAGACACUUCACGCUUCUUCAUACCUAAACUCUCACUUUAUGUUUUAUCGCAGCUGAAAUAGGCGGAGGGCUGGACACGUCCUGAUCGUACCGUCAGACAGACUACGUGUGAAACCCUGCUCGUCUGCUCAGACACGCUCGUUUAUUCUAUCGUUUGUUCUUCUUUUGUUCGUUCACUUCCUGCUCAAAAAAGUUCAGAAGGACAGAAAAGUGGACUUUUUUGUUUUUGUGCAUUUCUUUGUGUUUUUCUUGUUGUUAAGCGUGUGGGCAGGGUGUGUGUAUGUGUGUGUGUGUGUGUGUGUGUGAGGGAGUGGGGGGGGCAGAGAGGAGCUGCUCAGAGCUCAGUUAUGAAGUAUGCAGUAGAAAAGAUGGAAGCUUUUCUUUUGCAGGGAUGAAAUUCGGGGGGAAAAGCCAUUUUAAAGACGCACACUCGUUUCUCUAUUUAUUUAGAAAGAGUAGAGUCACGGAAAAAGGGAAAAGCUUCUUACUGCUCACGUGUUCCCUUUCGGGUUUCUCUUGAUGCACUUAAGAAGGUGAGAUCAACACCUGUAAAAAUGACCGAUUGUAUAAAAAAAAAAAAGAAAUGAAAAGAAAAGAAAGAUGGUGUCUCGCAUUCAAAGCCGUAGCACUAUGAUAGAAUGGAGAAAGAAUUAGCUGCAGCUGUGUUACGUUAGGCCUCCUUUAAUUUAUAGAACUCACACAAUGCUCCGGACCUGUGUGGGGCCAAAACUACUGCCUGACUGACCGCUAAAGCUGAAGCAGAAAUAUCUUUCCAGCUUUCCUUCACCUUUUGCUUGUAAAUCGGGGAUCACACCACCCCGAACCCAUCGUCCACUCCAAUGACACUAUGAUCUCUGUUAUAACCCGAGGAGAAACGCCUCGCCGGACAGAAGGCACAGCUUUUAACUGGACUUUGUAAUCCGGAACAUCAAGGAACCAUUAAAAAAAACAGCACCACAGCACGAUUUUCAUCGCUUUUCGAAAUCUUCAUCACAGUUACGUAUUAUUGCAAUAUGAUAAUCACGAUAAAGGACUUGGUAUAUAUAUAUAUGUAUACGCAUUCAGCUUUCUUCUUAGUUUUUUAUAUUUUGUUAUGUCCAUUUAAUCAAACGUUAUUGAGCCAUUUUUCAUGUCUGCUUGUACUGAUAAUCAUAAGGCUGCUCGCCCGCCGACUUCCUGUCAGUCGCAGGAAGUCGAGCAGUUAGCGUCUUCUCUCGUCGAGAGCUGCUGAGGCGUGAUACGAGUGAAAACACUCUUGACGCACAAAAAAGUCAUGCCUCGAGUCAGCUGCUGUCCACGUGUAUUUCUUUUUUCUGCUCUAUUUUGACGUCAGACUUGGAUCCCAGCCGACCGCAUCUUUACUAAAUUCCCUUCCCGUCUUGUCCUGAUGUGCCUUAUUCCUCUCGGACAUUUUUGAUAUGACUAUAUAUUAUUAAUCUAGCAUUAUGAACGUGUCGAUAUUACCAAAUCUACCAGCUAGAAUCGCUUUCGUACCUCACUAGCAAGGAAUUAUGACUGAUCGCAGACGUGGAGCGCUUUUACUUCUCUUUCUGCUAGUCAGGAGUCUAGAACGUAUCUGUCCGCAGUGGUUGUGUUGUGGUGCUAGCCUUAUCUCCAUGCCAGCGUGAAGGUCUUGCCCUCAGGUCUGUUCUGAUUUUGAGGAUUUUAAAGUGCCCAAGAAACAACAGGAGGAACGUUCAGGAGAAAUCUGUGAACGUUACGCUGUGAGGAGUGUGUGAAAUCCUCCUAAUGAGUCCACUUAAGUAACUCUCUAGAAUUCCUCUGUUCUUCUGUCACAAGCAUCGUUUCUACAGACCGAGACUUCAUCAGCAUUCGCAAAUGACUAGUGCGAAAGUCUUUUUGACCUAACGUAUAUAGCUGUACAAUAGAGUCCAAACAUCGAGCCUAGAGACUCAUUUCCUGUCAGAACACGCCCUUUAGAUGCUUCCACACACCAUCAAACCAAAGCAGAUGAAGAAGAAACGUUGGCACAGCUUUCAAUGCAAGUUCCUUCACACCCGCAGUUCCAUUCUUCUCUGACCAGUGUUAGUCCUCAGCUGAGUGACCAAUCCUCUGUUAGCCUUCUUUAGAUUUGGAGACGUUUGACACACUGAAUUAUAUCGUAACCUGUAACACGUUUCAUGGGCACUUUAAAUCUGAUCUGUUUCUAACCACCUUCCAAAGUUCCACGCUCUGUCUGAGAUCGGAACUCACUGAGGACAGACUGCAGGGCUGAUCUGAUCUGGGAUUAGUUUCUAUUGUAGGUGAACUUUUAGGGUUCCAGCUCCAAAAUCUUCUUGCAGAGAUUAUCAGACACCCCUGCAGAGCGAUCAGAUCUUCGAAGAGCAGAGAAGGACAGAUUAGAGAUUAGAUUUUAUGCAGAUUGAACUGUAUGAAGGUCAGAAGACCUGUAGACUUGGUGAAGAGAUGACCUGUAAUCAGAUUUUUUUUUUUGGUGAAGGUCAUACUGAGGUUGCAUCAGGCAGUUAGAUCGAUGUGUAGAUCGUGAGGUAGUUAGAUCAGACUGCGGAAAUGGCUUUGAGAAACGUAUCAAAGAAAUAAGGUGUCCAUGUAGAAGAUCAGAUAGAAAUACAGAGAUGUUAUUGAGAUCAAAGUUGGAUUUUGUGUAGAUCUGCAGAAACGGUGUUGAGAUCCAGUAGAUAUGCAGAGCAGGUAUCAGACAAACCUCAAAGUUUGGUAUAGAGAUCGGAUUGCCCUGCAGGAGUCGUGUGACAAUCAAAUUUCUUUGCACAGAAGUGAU